AUGAGGGACACAGCUGAGGCCACUAAGGCCUCAGCCAAUGGAGAUCGACAGGAGCACCAUUGUGGAGAACCUGGAGCGUGUGGAGAUAGAGGUGGAGACUAUCACAGACAUGCUAUCACCGCUGGCAGUGGUGGAGGAGGAGAGCGAGGAGGAAGGACGAUAGAAGACUGUGGAACAUACUUCCCAUGGUGGGGGGCCUACAGGCUACUGCCCCUGAAGUUUGUGAAGAUUUCUGUCCAUGACCAGCUCUGCCCACCCUGCAAUGCCAGGGAGGAUCUGUACUACUACUGGGAGAAGGUCAUCGACCUCCUUCAGCCACCUAUCGAGGGCUCCAGCAGCACCCACGCCAUUCCUGUUGGGGAUGGGGUCGAGGUGGCUUUUUUCGCUGCAGAAGAGAAAUCUGCUUGGCGGCUGCGGCUGGGGAGGGCUUCCCUAGCCCACAAGGCGCCGAGAAGGACCUGCUUCCCUAUCACUAUACCAUCGAAGGGGUGGCAAUGUGUGUCCCUUGCCAGUAGAACAUCUGGCCCAAGCAUUGCUAUAGCAGCUGCCACCAGCAAGGGGCUGCCUGCCAGGAAGACCAUGGCUGGGGCUCCCGCGGGAAUGGGGGCAGCUACAGCAGGCAGCCAGGGGCCUGGCAUAAGUGUAGCCCUGGCUGGGACUACAACCGGGCAGGUAACAGAGACCACGUCUGCCAGCAGUGGGAGUCUAAUGUUGGCUGGCGCUGCCGGUACAUCCCCAGACUCCGUGAGCAGGGCUUCGGCAGGCAUCAGCAGCCUGACUCUCUCAGGCCACAUGAGCACGGCCUCUGCUGGAGCCCGAAGCAUGGCUGUAGGAGGCCUAGGAAAGUGUAACCCCCUCGGGCCCGAGCACCCUUUUUUGUUGAACUUGCACAGUGAGGGCUACAUGAGUGAGCGGAAGGGAAGUCAGAGGGUGACCAUGGCCAGCCCCAAGGUGGCCAAAAUACGGAUGUCAUUGAGGAGGCAUGCCCGCCACCAGGAAGGCUGAGCUCGUGGGAAGGCCCAGCUCACAGCUGGGCCAAGAAGAAAGGUGGCAGUGGCCACAGGAGGCCAUCCCGGCAGGCUCUGACUUCCAAGGAGACACAGAAAUCCAGCCACCGGCUCCAGGGAAGCUGCCACAGCCUGUCUUCCCACAAAGCCACCAGCCGCAGUCCCUCUGUAAAGGAUUCCUCGGGAGAGGAGUUGCUUGCCACCUGCUAGUGCUUCCAGGACCUCUGACAAAGGAGGGAUGGAUAAAAGCUCAGCCAAGAAACACCCCUUCCACUGCCUCAGCUAAGAAACCCAGCCAUAUUG